AUGGCGGAAGCAGUAGCUGGCUUGCUCACGUCCGCUUUCGUCAAUAUCGCGAAAAAUAAGCUGGGCUCUGCCAUCGGGGAGCAGGCUAAUUUGCUCUGGAACUUUGGUGGCGACUUGGAGGGGAUGAAGGAUGCCUUGGAGACCAUCUCAGCUGUGCUUGAGGAUGCUGAGAGGCGGUCAGGCAAGGACAAACUGGUGCAGCUAUGUCUGAAGCGGCUCAAGGACGUCGCCUUAGACAUCUCCGACGUCCUCGAAGACUACCAAGAGACCAGUGACCAAGCAACUGUAAAGAUGCCAGGAGUUCUCUCAUGUCUCCCAGUGGCAUACAAGAAGAUUGCUAUGGCUAAUAGGAUGAAGAGUUUGAGAGAAAAACUGAGGAAAAUUGAAAAACAAAUUGCUAUCUUUGACUUCAAAAAGGGCAGUAAUACUAAUAAUGAGCAGCCUUAUGAUGAACGUGAAACAACAUCAUAUUUGCCUCAAGAACCAUUGAUUGGAAGGGACGGAGAAAAGCAGGAAAUCAUAAAGCUGUUAUCUGCAAAUACCAACAACGAUGAGAUAGUGAUUGUCACUAUAUGUGGCCUUGGAGGUAUGGGUAAGAGUACUUUGGCAAAACAAGUUUACAAUGAUGCCCAGUUCAAAAUGUAUGAUCAUCGUAUAUGGGUUUAUGUGUCCCAAGACUUCAAUUUGAACAAAAUAGGAAGCUCUAUCAUUUCUCAACUACCAAGCCAAGGAGGUCCACAAAAUAUGGGAAUACAGCAGGUGAUAAACCAAUGCCUUGAAAACCUACUCCUAGGCAAGAAGGUUCUGAUUGUUUUAGAUGACUUAUGGGAGGAAAAGAUGACCGAGUUGGACAAACUGAGAAGAACGCUUCAGGUCAAGGGCAGUAAGGUAGAUGUCGUAGUAACUACACGCAAGGAACAGAUUGCAAGGAAACUUUCCACCGGUGAACCAUACAAGCUACGACCUUUGGAAGAUGAUAUAUGUUGGGAAAUAAUUAAGAGAUCUAGCAGGUUUGAACUGAAACCUAACAAAGAAAAUAUGGAGCAAAUAGGAUUGGAUAUUGCAAAGAAAUGUGGAGGUGUGCCAUUAGCAGCUCAAGUAGUUGGAUCCAUGCUACAAAAAAUAGAUGAUCUGUCUGGAUGGAUUGAAAUAAAUAGCAGUGAUAUCUGGAAUAUAUCUUCUGAAGACAAUGGUGUGCUUCCAUCCUUGAAAUUAAGUUAUGAAAGGAUGCCACCACAGCUCAGGGUAUGCUUUUCCUAUUGUUCCAUAUUCCCCAAAGGCCAUAAUAUUGUCGGAGAUGAUUUGGCUCAACAGUGGAUUGCUCUAGAUUUUACGGAGCAAUCAAAGGCAAAGGAAUAUAUCAAGCAACUUCUUGGAAUGUCCUUUCUUCAUGCUUCAAAGUUGCCCUCGACUUCUCGAGAGCAAGUGGUGCGGUACACCAUGCAUGACCUGGUGCACGACCUGGCAAGAUUGACAAUGGAUGACAAGCUAAUAGAUUUCAACGCACAGCAGAGAAAUACACGUGGCCAGAAAUAUUGUCGCUAUUCAUUGCUAAAAAAUUAUGACCAGACAAUAAAGUUGGCAAGUAUUUUGCCUCCCAAGAUUAGGGCACUUCGCUUCUCAGAUAGUGGCGAACUGCAUAUCCAGAGUGGUGCAUUUUCAUUUGCGAACUGUCUGCGUAUUUUGGAUUUCAGUGAAUGCUCAGGUAUAUUGUUGCCAGCUUCAAUUGGCAAACUGAAGCAACUGAGGUGUCUUAUUGCUCCAAGAAUGCAAAAUGAGAGUCUCCCGGAGUGUAUCACUGAGCUAGGAAAACUGCAGUACCUAAACAUAAAUGGAUCUUCUCAGAUUUCUGCACUGCCAGAAUCAAUUGGCAAGCUUGGAUGUCUGAAAUAUCUAUGUUUGUCUGGUUGUUCUAGUAUAUCGAAACUGCCAGAAUCAUUUGGGGACUUAAAAUGUAUGGUGCAUCUUGACAUGUCAGGCUGUUCUGGGAUAAGGGAACUGGAAGACUGGCUUGGUAAGCUCAGGAAUUUGCAGCAUCUUGACUUAUCUGGAUGCUCAAGUGUAAAAGCAAUACCUGAACCAUUGUGUGGCCUCACACAACUCCAAUAUUUGGACUUAUCAUCUUGUGAAUGCCUUGAUCGGCUACCAGAAGCUAUUGGAAGUCUCAUGGAUUUACAAUAUUUAAACAUGUCAUACUGUGUCCAAAUCAGAGAACUUCCAGAGUCACUGAUGAAGCUCCAAAAUUUGUUGCAUCUAGAUCUGUCAUGCUGCAUCAGCAUGCGGUACCUGGGAGGUGUGCGUGGCCUCACCACACUACAGCACCUGAAUAUGUCAGGGGUAUGGGUACUUGCUAAUGGUGUUCAAGAUUUAUCAUAUGUUUUGGCAAACCUCACCAAUCUCAAGUACUUGGGCCUAAGAAAUUCAAUCAGACGCGGCAGUGGUAGUUAUGUCUUCCCUUAUGGGAUCGGUGGCCUUACCAAUCUGGAGCACCUGGACCUAUCUUAUAAUCAAAAUAUUGCAUCUCUUCCAGAAAGUUUUGGUAACCUCAAAAGAUUGCAUACACUGGAUCUUACGAAAUGUUCUGGGCUUAAGUCCCUACCAAAGAGUAUAGGUACACUUGGGCUGAAGACUUUAUUGCUGGAUGAGUGCUUGGAUGAACUGCUGGAUCAGGCCAGUUCCCUGGUAAAUUAUUCACAAACAUUACCACUCUUCAAGGUUCGUGCUGAUGAGUUCAAUGGUUGCAGCAAUCUUCCUCUGCUCGAGGGCGCCCAUGUCAGUGAGUUAAGAAUACGUUGUCUUGAAAAUGUAAGGUCUCUAGAAGAAGCAACUAAAGUUAAGUUGUCAGGCAAACAUAAUCUGUCCAAGUUAACAUUGGCUUGGUCGACUGAGCGUGCGGAACAAAUUUUGGAGGACAAAGAUUUGUUGGAACAACUAGUGCCACCAACUGGUUUGAAGAGCAUGUGCCUCCAAGGUUACAGCAGUACAAGCUUUCCAGGCUGGCUCAUGUGCAUUUAUCGUCACCUCAUAAACCUUGUUUCUAUCCAACUCAGCCAGAUGCCUACGUGUAGCAGCCUGCCACCACUUGGGCAGUUACCACACCUAGAAAAGCUGGAGCUCCGGAAAUUGCCUGGCAUUAAAAGAAUCGACAGUGAAUUUUGUGGUGGCAAAGGAGCAUUCCGUAGAUUGUCAACUUUCCAAGUCAGAGAUAUGAAUGGCUUGGAGGAGUGGAACACAACAUACUGUGUUGAGGAUGGUGUGGAGGAGUUCAUGUUCCCUGUGCUAGACACUCUGUGGAUACAAGAUUGUCCGAGGUUAAGGUUGAAGCCAUGCCCACCAACAUUUCGUGACUGCCUUAUAUAUAAGAGCGACCAAGUUAUUUCAUCAUUGGAGGAGGUAGACAUAACCAGUCAUCACAGCUCUUCCUCUAGUGGGGCCAUCCAAUUGGAUUUGACUAUACAGGAUGACUCCAGCCAGAGCAUCAGGCUAUUCCACCACUUCCCUGCCCUCCGAGAGUUGAGAAUCUAUGGAGCUCACCUGACAAACGUGCCGGAAAGCAUGCGGCACCUCACUUCCCUUGAGUCGUUGACGUUGCAAUGGUGCCAUAGCAUAUCAGCACUGCCUGAGUUGCUGGGCCACCUCUCCUCCCUAAAAAGCCUUGUCAUCAUAGGAUGUCACGAGAUCAAGUCGUUGCCUGCAUGCAUACAGCAACUCACCAAGCUUCAGACGCUGGAGAUAAGUUGGUGCACGGAACUGGAGAAGUGGUGUGAAUCAGAAGAGAACAAGACGAAGCUGGCUCACAUCAGCAAUGUUCGAAUUGGUCAGGACUCAUUGAUUGGUACUUGGACCACCGGCCUGCUACCAGUGCGAGACACGUUGGUCGUGCCUGAUGAACAAAUCGUACGUGUUUUCACUUCCAUGCUGACCAUAGCACUGAGCAGUUCUACUCCAACCUGGGUGUCUCCUGAGGUCGUCCACAGCUUUAACAAGCGACCGUGGCCACCACCAUCUCAAGCUCAAGUGCUCCGUGAACAAGUUGGCAAGUGUAGGGUCACAUUCUUGCAUUGUGUGAGCUGUGAUGCUGGGCUGCGUCCUCAACUAUGGCCAUCAUUCAAUCUACUGGAUGAGGGUUCUGCAAGCUGGUGUUCCACUUAUUUAUGGACACCCCCAUGGUUCCCUUCACUCUGGCAACUAAUCAGGUGUGUUCCAGCUACUGCACUUCAGGAGCUUCUGACAUGUCUAAUGGCGCUAUCAGCUUUCUUGGACUGCAUCCUGACCACCGUACCUGUGUUGGACAAGCAUUUGGCAGCUUCUUGUUUAUGCCGGGUUGGACUGUCCAUGAAUGGCUACAUUGAGUUGCAGCCUUGGCCACCUCGUAGGCAGGACUGCAAUAAUUUGCUUGGCGACACCAUUAAGCUCUGCUGCAGUUUAUGGUCCAUAUUUUGUUUGGGAUGGUUUUCCCUGCAGUUCGUGCCACCAUGGUCACUACAUGUGCUGCUUGAGAUCAAAUGUGAUGGAGUCCAACUCUGGCCAUUUUUCUGUAGCUAUGCAGUUCUGGUGCUCAUGAACACAUCAGCGUUAGUUGUUCCACCUCGUAUGUCCUUUAGGUGCAUACAAAUUGCGGAUGGCUCUCUUGUGUGGAGUUUUAUAAUGGGGACAAAUACUACUGGAACUUACACUUCAAGUGCAGCUCCUCUUCCGGUUGCAGACGAUGGCUUCAGGUGUGAUCCCUGUGCAUUACUAAGGCAACUUGAGUACUUGACAGUGCAAAAGCUCAGAGAAAUUUACACAUGCAAGCACCUGUGUGUUUGA